UCAACAGACAGAAGACAACAAAACCAGGACAGGAAUGAGCGAGAAGGCCACCCAAGCAAUUACAAAUCAAUUAUCAACAAAGCGUUUUAAUAAUCCGUUGUUUGGUUGGUUUGGUGGACUCAUUUCUUCUUAUAUUAUUAUGAUUUUAUAAUUCACUCACAUAUUUGUAAAUUAAUUCAAAGGAAGGCCAUUAUCCUAUAAAAGCCAAUGAAAUCUGCGAUAUAAAUAAAAAUAAUUGGGUAGCAAAAGUGUUACAGAUAGAGUCAAUCAAAUGGAUUUAUUCAAAAACGGUAUGAAGUGCCCCUCAAGACCAGCUCCAGCGGCUCCAGGGCUUAGCAUAAAUUGUUAUUCUUCUGUUACAAACUGGAGUGAUGAUCCAUUUGGUGCUGAUUUGUUUGAACCUGUCCCUUUAACACAAAAGAAAAAGCCUCCACCUCGUCCCCCACCACCAAAAGUUAAAAAACAACCAGAUAUUCCAGCAAAACCUUCUCAUUUCAUCAGGAGACCAACAGUGCUCUCUUCUUUAAUGUCUCGAAAAAAAGCAACAGGGCAUAACCCUGUAGUUGAGGUGCCGCAGACAGGCAUCUUGAACAAUUACAGCAGUGAGCUUGACACUCACAGGAUGUUUCCUAAAUGUGAACCAAAGAGUGUGCAGACUGCAGCUUUGAUAGACUUGUCAUCUCCUCCCAGCUCUCCCACAUUCACAACUAGGUCCAGUAGUGAUGGACUUAGUGUUGAUAGUUUUGGUUCUGAUGCCACCACAUCCACAAAUCACCACAAUGCUAACAAUGGAAAUGCAUCCCAAGCUGAAAGUGGAUUUGAAGAUGAUUUUGAUCUAUUUAUGAAUACUAGAAAGCCUGUGAAAGAAAAUACCUUUGACGAUUUUAGUGCAAUAGAUCCAUUUUCGCCAGUACCAACUGUGAAUAGACCUCCCAUUUCAAAAAAGCCUGUGUUUAGUAAAGAUGCAUUCGAUUCUUCAAGUAAUGGUAAUUUUGGAGUACGUUCAAAUGGUCCUACAAUAAUCCGUGCAAAGCCAGCGCGACCCAAGGCUCCGGAUAACUCUGCAUUGCUUAAGAACACUUUCAAAUCCAGUUUUCCAGUGACAUCAAUGAGUGUGAAUACUACCACUCCUAUACAAAAAAUCAGCAAUGGAUUUGGAGAUAGUUUUAAUUUAAAGCCUAUCGGUUGGGAUGUAGAAAUUACUCGAGAUCGAGAGUCAUCUCCGCCGAUGCCUAGUAUACCUCCGCCACCACCGCCGCCGGUUGUCGACGAAGACUUGCCCGUGGCUUGGCCCGACGACUUGCCCGAGGAAUUAGCCGACCAGUUGCCCGACCUAGCCGAUCUGGAUCCCCAAUCACACCUAAAUGGACACGAGGAACCUUAUGCGAUAGCUCUAUAUGAUUAUUUCACGGAUCAUCCCGACGAUUUAUGUUUUUCGGCGAACUCGAAAAUAAAUUUAAUACGAAGGGUGGAUCACGAGUGGCUAUAUGGCAGUCUCCACGGGGAAGAGGGCCUUUUCCCGUCUAACUACGUAGAGGUGAAAGUGCCAUUACCCAACGAAUCUGUGCUACCUACCGAUCGUCUCGGUGUUGCCACCGCCAUCUACGACUUCUGCCCAGACCAGCCUGGAGACUUGGCCUUCCGAGCCGGCGACUCCAUCACUGUCUUACACAAACUCAGUGACGAGUGGUACUUUGGAGAGUGCAAAGGCGUGAAAGGACAAUUUCCCGUCAAUUACGUGGAAAUGAACUGAAUCGUAAUCAUAACGUCACUAAAUAUACCUAUGUGCCGUGCACGAAGACUGAUGUCUACCAUAUCACAAGCCACGCUGUAUCUACCUUUAUUAAAUUCUUCCAAGAUAUGGCAGACUUGAAACACUGUCCCACGUUUUGAUACGUUUACAUUUAAAAUCGACAUAAUUAAACAUUACGAGUUAACAAUGAAAUCGUGACUUUGAAUGACUACUUAAUUUAGAAUAUUAUUGAUGAUUACCAAUCAAGAUAAAAUCUGUAAAGCCAUUAAUUUUGUACAAUUACUAAUUUGCGUUUUCGCACUGAUGUUGCCAUAAUAAGUAGGUAUUCACUAAGCUUUAUUAGCAUUGUCGUGUGGCUCCCUAUUGAAGUCAUUUUGUAUUUAACGUAAUAUAUUGCAGGACUUGCGAUUGAAUGACUGCAUUAAUUAAUAUAUAUCUUCAUGAGAGCUUGUGAAAUAUAGUCCCUGUAAUAGAGUAUUAAUAUAUUUUAGUUUUAAUGGUUGUGUAAUAUAGAAUUCGAUCUGAAAUUAGUUUAUAUUCGUAAGUAAUGUAAUUAUUUUGCAUAUAUAAUUUGUACAUUAUGUUGUCGACCAGAUAUUGGUAACAGUAUCCAUUUACUUUGAUUCUCAAAGUGUGGUUUACUGUGUUAUAUUUUCAAAGGUUGGGCAGUCUGUAUUAAGUUGCGUAGUAAGAGUACUGUAGAUAGUUUGGCUGCUUCAGGAAUUUGUGGCCCACUGUGAUAUAGAAAAAGGCGCUGUCCGUAUUCCAUUUUAUUCAUGAAUCCGCAAGCCACUGUUAAAUAAUAUAUUUUUGUUGUAGUAUAAUUAUUUUUAUUAUAUUGUUUCAUAAAUGUGUCAUUUGUUACAACUAAGUUUUUUUUUGGUGGGACCAUAACGUUAUGUAAGUGCCUUAUGUGUGUGUGUAAAUGGCGAAUACUUAUAUAAAAAAAUAAAAUUAUUGCAAUAUGGAAACUAUUUUUUUUUAUUAGUUAAGUAGUUUAUGCCUUGGGCGUGGGUCUCGCUGGUAAAUACAAUAAAAAAAUAUUAUUUUCUUCACAUUAGUGAGAUUUAAUAUUUGAACAAAAAUAAUCUAUAGGUACAUAAAAUAUUUACAAUUCCUUAGUUUACCACUUAAUGUCAACAUACCCUGUUCGCUUUUCAACCGUUGCUUUGAACAAAACAGUUCAUAACUUGUUGAUGGCAAGACCAAUAUACAGAAUUACCAGAAUAUGACAAAUAUCAAACAUAAAUUAAAUAUUUCAUAAUAUGCAAUGGCGAAGAUUUAGCUUUUUAUUACGCUUACGUGACUCAUUCACAACAUGUUGAAAAGGGAAAAGAGGGUUUGGAUUCUAAUGUAGAAUACAUACCAUAAUAUAUAUGCUCUAUGAAAUAACUAAUCAUCUAAUAACACAGUCCCGAACGUUUCCUUAACAUAAUCUUGAAAAGAUUAUUUCCUCAUAACAAUGACUGUUGUCUAAUGGCAUCGCACUA